AUGCCAUUAAGGUUAGAUAUUAAAAGAAAGCUUUUGGCUCGAUCAGACAGAGUUAAAUGUGUGGACCUCCACCCAAAUGAGCCUUGGACACUUGUUUCACUUUAUAAUGGCAAUGUUCAUAUUUGGAAUUAUGAAACUCAACAAUUAUUAAAAUCACUUGAAGUUUCUGAAUUACCUGUUCGUGCUGGAAAAUUUAUAGUACGUAAAAGUUGGAUCGUUACUGGUUCAGAUGAUUUAAUUAUUCGAAUUUUCAAUUAUAAUACUUUAGAAAGAGUCCAUCAAUUUGAAGCACAUGCAGAUUAUAUUCGUUCAAUUAUUGUUCAUCCAACAAAACCAUUUGUUAUUAGUUCAUCUGAUGAUUUAUUAAUAAAAGUAUGGGAUUGGGAAAAUAAAUGGCAAUUGAAACAAACAUUUGAGGGACAUACUUAUUAUGUUAUGCAAUUAGCUAUAAAUCCAAAAGAUAAUGUCACUUUUGCUUCAGCAUCCCUUGACAAAACAAUUAAGGUAUGGCAGUUUGGAAGUCAAACAUCUAAUUUUACUUUGGAAGGCCAUGAAAAAGGUGUCAAUUGUGUAGAUUACUAUCAUGGUGGAGAUAAACCUUAUAUAAUUUCUGGAGCAGAUGAUAAACUUGUUAAAAUAUGGGAUUAUCAAAAUAAAACUUGUGUCGCUACAUUAGAUGGACAUGCUAAUAACAUUACUGCUGUUUGUUUCCAUCCAGAAUUACCAAUGAUUAUUACUGGAGCUGAAGAUGGUAGUGUUAGAAUGUGGCAUAGCAAUACUUUCCGCUUAGAAUCAACUUUGAAUUAUGGAUUGGAACGUGUUUGGUGUAUUAGUACAUUAAAAGGAAAUAACACUAUUGCCAUUGGUUAUGAUGAAGGAUCAGUUACUGUAAAAAUGGGAAGAGAAGAACCAGCUGUGUCUAUGGAUUCUUCUGGUAAAAUUCUUUGGGCUAAACAUGCUGAAGUCCAACAAGCAAAUUUAAAAACACUUGAUCCAGAUGUUGUUAAUAAUGCAUCUGAUGGUGAAAAAAUAAUAGUUUCUGUUAAAGAUAUGGGAACUUCUGAUAUUUAUCCACAAACAUUACAACAUUCUGCUAAUGGGCGUUAUGUUGUUGCAUGUGGUGAUGGUGAAUAUAUUAUUUAUACUGCUACAGCACUUAGAAAUAAAGCAUAUGGAAGUGGAAUUGAAUUUGCUUGGUGUAAUGAUUCAAAUAUUUAUGCUGUUAGAGAUAGUAGUAAUAAUAUAAAAAUUUUUAAAAAUUUUAAAGAUCAUACAAAUAUUAAGACUGAAACAACUAUAGAAGGAAUUGAUGGUGGACCACUUCUUGGAGUUAGAAGUAGUUCAGAUUUAUGUUUUUAUGAUUUUGAGACAGGAAUUCUAAUUCGUCGUAUUGAAAUUGAAGCUACCAAAGUUUAUUGGUCUGGUAGUGCAGAAUAUGUUACUGUUGCUACUGCUGAUUCAUUUUAUAUUUUAAAAUAUGAUUCAAGUGUUGUUGAAAAUGCCAGCAAAGAUGAGAUAACCGAAGAUGGUAUUGAAGAUGCUUUUGAUGUUAUUGGAGAGUUUAGUGAAAUAGCUGUAACAGGAUUUUGGAUUGGUGACUGCUUUGUCUACACAACAAAUACAAAUCGUUUAAAUUAUAUUGUUGGUUCUGAAAUUGUUACAAUAGGUCAUAUGGACAAAACAUUUUAUUUAUUAGGUUAUAUUCCAAAAGAUAAUCGUAUAUAUGCAUGUGAUAAAGAUUUAAAUAUCGUAUCAUUUAAGCUUCUUCUUUCUGUUUUGGAAUAUCAAGCAGCAAUUCUAAGACGUGAUAAAGCUAAAGCAAUUGAAAUAAUAGAAACAAUUCCAGAUGAUCAAAAAACAAGAAUUGCUCAUUUCUUGCAAAAACAAGGUCUUCUCAAAGUUGCUCUUGAUAUCACUCAAGAUGCAGAUCACAAAUUUGAUUUGGCAAUUAAACUUGGAGAUCUUAAUCGCGCUUUUGAAAUAGCAAAAGAAAUUGAUAGUAAACAAAAAUGGGAUCUUUUAGCACAAGCAGCAACAGAAAAAUCUGAGUUAAUUUUAGCUGCUGAAUGUCUUGGAAGAGCUAAAGAUUUUGGAGGACUUUAUAUGCUUGCUGUUGUGGUGGGUUCACCAAGUCUCAUGACCAAUCUCGCUAAAUCAGCUGAUGCUUCUGCUAGACAUAAUACAUCAUUUUUAGCUAACUUUACCCUGGGUAAUAUAGAUGAAUGUCUUGAGAAACUUAUAAGUUUAGGUAGAUUGCCUGAGGCUGCAAUGUUUGCGCAUACAUAUUGUCCAAGUCAGGUAGAUCGUGUUGUUGGGUUGUGGAAAGAGAAAAUUGAAAAUUCUGGAGCAACUCCAAGACAAAAAAAUAUUGCAGAACAGAUCGCUAAUCCUUCAGCGUAUGAAAAUCUCUUUCCGGGAUUUAGUGAAUCAUUAAAAGCUGAAAGUGAAAAAGAUGACUAA